AUGGACGGCUUCCGGGCCCUGAUCGCCGCCGGGGCCACCGCCGUCUGCUGCGUCGUCUGCGCCAUCUGGGCAUUCCGCUCCCCUUCCCCCCCUCCCCCCAAGAAGCAGCAGCCCAUUCCUUCAGGCUGCUGCGGCUGUGCUUCCUGUGGUUGCUGCGCCAAUACCACUUUCCCCAGCGCCAACGGCGAGAUGGCCGUCGGCGGGGAGAUGAACAAGGCGCCGGCGCCAGCACCUGCAACGACGGGCGCCUCCAUGAUGGAGCAGCUCGUGCCUGAGAUCACCACCCACGCGCUCAGCUACCUCGACUGUACUAGCCUCUGCCGCCUCUCGAUGACCAACUCAGCCAUGCGCCGUGCCGCCAACGACGAUGGGGCUUGGAAGGCGCUCUACCACAAGGAUUUUACAGCGGAGCAGGAUACUAUAACUCCACCUAACGGCUGGAAGGCAUACUAUGCAGCUACAAAGGCCAUCAUGAAUGUGAAUGCCGAGUUCUAUAAUAUCAUCAGGGAAGGAUCCUUGCCAGCAAUGAGUCACUUCUGGCUUAACUCAGACUAUGUAAAAUGUGUACAUGCUACUGGAGAACUUUUUACAGGAUACAAUGCAGUGAUGAACAGCUGGGGCUUGUUAUUCAACUGGGGCCAAGAUGGAGGCCAGGGCACUGAUUUUCAGCUACGGGAUGUCAGAGCUCGUGUACUUGCUGAUGUAGCAUGGGUUAACAUGAAGGUUCAUGUCGAUGUUGACCCAGGGCCGUUCCAUGUGACCAAUGUAUACGAGUUCCGUAAUGGCAGGUGGUAUAUGGUUCAUCACCAUAGCUCGCUCAUGGCUGACCCGGCGCCACAUAAUCUGUUUGGCUGA